AAGGGGAAAAAAUUUCCCUAGGACCAAACAAAAGAAACGUUACAAAAAGAAGCAUAGAAAAGUGGGAAAACACAGCAAAAUUUUCCUUUUGGAUUCCCCCUUCAAACGUCGAUCUUCCUUUCUACAAAGCCUCAUCUCUGCUUUAUCUUCUUCAAAAUUUCAAAAAACCCAAAUUCCAAUUUCCUCUCUCAUACACAGAGUCACAGUCUACAUCAGAAGAGUGUUGCUUGUUAAGUUAUUUUGGCUAUUGUUGAAGGCCAAAAUUCGAGUUUUUGGUUAUCUUCGAGGUAAAGAUCUUCGGUUAACCGUUGGUGGGUAAUCGGUAGUUUUUUUUCCUGUUAACUUAUUUUCUCUAUAACAAAGACCAUCGACUUAAAUUGAUCUUCAUUUUUUUUGCGGUGAAAAAAACCUUUUUUGGUUUAAAUUCUAGGCUUAACCACCUUGUUAUAAGAUACCCAAAUUGAAAAUAUAGUGAAUGAUUGUUUGUUUCUGGAUCUUGUUUGCUUGUAUAUUAAAUGUUCAAAAUAGAAAUUUUCUUGCUUUUUCUUUUCUUUUAGCUAAAUAUGAUUAGUGUGAUUAUUGGUAACAAGGGCAUCUGUUCUGCCUCUUUUUCUUCUGCAUUUCUCUUUUCUUUUGAUCUUUUGGAAGAUUUUUUCUUUUGAGUUUUCGAGAGUAGACCCAAUUUCAGUAUUGUGGAGAUCUGGGAUUUGUUUAAUCUGUUAUGCCCAAUGAGGGUUUUUUUACCUUCUGAUUCUUGUAAAGAAUUACUGCUCAAUACUAUCAAUCCUCAAUCUUGGCUUCAAGUUGAAAGAGGGAAGCUUUCCAAAUUAUCUUCUUCCUCUUCAUCCAUGGAAUCAUUCAUCAAGGUUCCCGAGCCACCCAUAGUGCCAUUCUUUAAACCUGUUGAUUAUGUAGAGGUCUUGGCUCGAAUUCAUGAAGAACUCGAAUCGUGUUCUCUGCAAGAGAGGUUGAAUCUUUAUUUAUUGCAAUUUCAGAUCUUUAGGGGUCUUGGGGAAACCAAAUUGAUGCGGAGGAGCCUCCGUUCUGCUUGGCAGAAGGGUGGCUCUGUCCAUGGGAGGCUCGUUUUUGGGGCGUGGUUAAAGUAUGAGAGGCAAGGGGAAGAACUUAUGGCUAACUUGCUUGCAACUUGUGAUAAAUGUGCACGAGAGUUUGGACCAAUAGAUGUUGUUUCACAGUUUCCAAUGAUUGAGGUGAACAGUACUUACCCGGAUACCGUUGUGAUUAAUGGGGAGAAGAGCCUGAAGAAGGUUAACUUUAGAAUCGGAGAUGAGAAAAUAGUUUGUGAUAGGCAGAAAAUAGCUUUUCUUUCUGCCCCAUUCCAUGCUAUGCUCAAUGGUUAUUUCAAUGAAUCACUUUGUGAGGAGAUUGAUUUAUCUGAAAACAAUAUCUCCGCAUCUGGCAUGAGGAUGAUCGGUGAGUUCAGUGUGAUGGGCAGCCUGAGUGAUGUCUCGCCUGAUCUCUUGUUAGAAAUGUUAGCUUUUGCAAACAAAUUUUGUUGCGAAAGACUCAAAGAUGCUUGUGAUAGGAAACUCUCAUCUUUGGUUUGCACCAAAGAGGAUGCCGCGGAGCUUAUGGAAUACGCCAUUGAAGAGAAUUCCCCUGUCCUUGCUGCAUCAUGUUUGCAAGCUUUCCUGCAUGAACUGCCUGAUUGUUUGAAUGAUGAACGAGUGGUGGAAAUAUUUAGCCAUGCCGAUAGACAGCAGAGAUCGAUCAUGGCUGGAGAGGCAUCUUUUUCUCUCUAUUGUUUAUUAAGUGAAGUAGCUAUGAACCUCGAUCCUCAAUCUGAUAAAACUGUUUCUUUCCUAGGACAAUUGAUAGAAUCUGCAGAAACUGACAGGCAGAGAAUGCUAGCUUUUCAUCAGUUGGGAUGUGUAAGGCUUCUGAGGAAAGAGUAUGAUGAAGCUGAAAGUCUUUUCGAGACAGCUGUAAGUUUAGGCCAUAUUUACUCGAUUGCAGGUUUGGCUAGGUUGGGUUACAUCAAGGGUCGUAAACUUUGGUCUUACGAGAAGCUUAGCUCGGUGAUUUCUUCUGUUAAUCCACUGGGGUGGAUGUAUCAGGAGAGGUCAUUAUACUGUGAAGAUGAUAAGAGGUGGGAAGACCUCAAGAAAGCAACUGAACUCGACCCUACUCUUACCUACCCUUACAUGUAUCGAGCUGCUUCCUUAAUGAUGAAACAAAAUGUUCAAGUUGCUCUUGAUGAGAUCAAUCGAGUUCUUGGGUUUAAACUUGCAUUGGAAUGCUUGGAACUCCGAUUUUGUCUCAAUUUGGCUAAUGAGGAUUACGAAGCAGCCAUGUGUGAUGUUCAGGUCAUUCUAACACUUUCCCCAGAUUACAGAAUGUUCGAGGGACGGGUGCCAACAUCCCAGCUCCGUACGCUUGUUCGUGAGCAUGUCGACAACUGGACAACGGCAGAUUGUUGGAUGCAGUUGUAUGAUAGGUGGUCUUCUGUAGAUGAUAUUGGAUCUCUCUCUGUAAUCUACCGAAUGCUCGAAUCUUGUGAGGCUAAAAGUGUUUUAUACUUCCGACAAUCGUUACUCCUCCUCAGGUUGAACUGUCCAGAUGCGGCAAUGCGAAGUUUAGAAUUAGCUUGUCAACAUGCAUCUAGUAAACACGAAAGCCUGGUUUAUGAGGGAUGGAUCCUAUAUGAUACCGGUCACUGUGAAGAAGGGCUUCGAAAAGCAGAAGAGUCCAUCAGAACCAAGAGAUCAUUCGAAGCAUUCUUCCUCAAAGCUUAUGCAUUGGCCGACUCUAGUAUGGAUUUAUCUUGUCCUUCAACAGUUAUUUCACUGCUAGAAAACGCCUUGAAAUGCCCCUCGGAUAAUCUUCGGAAAGGUCAAGCCCUUAACAAUCUUGGAAGCGUGUUUGUGGAUUGCGGGAAACUAGACUUAGCAGCCGAUUGCUACAUUAACGCCCUUAAAAUCCGACACGCGAGAGCCCAUCAAGGCCUUGCGCGUGUACAUUUUCUCAGAAACGACAAGGCUGCAGCGUACGAGGAAAUGAGUAAACUGAUUGAAAAGGCUAAAAACAAUGCAUCCGCCUACGAGAAGAGAUCUGAGUACUGCGACCGCGACAUCACGAAGGCCGACCUGGAGACGGUCACUCGAUUAGAUCCACUCCGGGUGUAUCCAUACCGAUACCGAGCUGCUGUGUUAAUGGAUAGCUACAAGGAGAAGGAAGCCAUUGCCGAACUAUCGAGAGCUAUUGCGUUCAAAGCGGAUCUUCACCUUUUACACCUACGUGCCGCCUUCCACGAGCAUGUGGGCGAUGUCUUGGGCGCCCUCCGAGAUUGUCGAGCAGCGCUCUCCAUAGACCCGAAUCAUCAAGAGAUGUUGGAACUACACAGCCGUGUAAACAGCCAUGAACCCUAAAAUCUGUGUUUUUUUUUGUUUUUUAUAUAUUGGUUUAAUAUGUAAAAGAA